AUGAGGUCUGUCUACCUCGCUGCCACUGUGGUGGCUUUCGAUUGCUGGCCGAGUCAGUCGGAGUGGAAAGCGCUGAACUCGACGGUCGGCGGGCACUUGAUCAAAGUCGAACCCAUUGGCGCUGUCUGUCACGACCCUACGUACGAUGAAGCAGCAUGUGAGGAGCUGAGGGCCAGCUGGGAUGAUGUCGCGGUCCACUACGAAUCCACGUCGUCCUUGAUGACAGCCUACUUCACGGGUGAGACGUGUGAUCCAUUCACCAACCGCACCGAACCUUGCACCAUUGGCAACUACAAUUCAUACACUGUGGACGCUUCAGAUGCGAAAGAUAUCGCCGCCGCCCUCACUUUCUCAAAAAAGCACAACAUUCGUUUCGUGAUCCGGAACACGGGCCAUGACUUCUAUGGUCGAUCCAUUGGCUACGGAGGCCUUGCCGCUCGUGUCAGCAACCUCAAGGAUCGCGAAGUCAUUCAGUGGUCGGACAAGCACUAUAAAGGGCCUGCUCUGAAAAUGGGUGCUGGCACCAUGGGUUUUGAGGCCCAAUCUUAUCUAGAGACCAAAGGCCUCGUCAUGGUUGCCGGUUACUGUUCCUCCGUCGGCCCUGCGGGAGGCUACGUCCAGGGUGGAGGCCACAGCCCCCUGAGUUCAGUUUACGGCCUCGCUGCCGACCAGACACUCGAAUUCGAGGUCAUCACUGCUGGGGGACAGCUGGUGAUAGCGUCCCGAGACACCAAUGCCGAUCUGUUCUGGGCUCUCAACGGCGGUGGCGCUGGCACUUGGGGCGUCGUUGUCUCCAUGACGGCUCGUGUCUACCCCAUGCUGACCAUGGGUGCCGCUUCCAUGUUCAUCGAUCCUUCCUCUUUGGCGCCCGAUGUCUUCUGGGCCAUGGUUGACAAGUUUUACUCGCUGAUCCCUACAUUCACGGAUGCCGGCGCUUACGUGACCUAUGCCUACGGACCGCAGCACUUUGGCCUCUUCCCCUUUUCGGCCUACAACAAGACAGCUGCGCAGGUUGAGGCACUCCUGUCUCCAUUCACCGACUAUCUUGCCGAGAAGAAGAUUGCGCAUUACACCACCUUCAACGAGCUGCCCACAUACAUGGAGCACGUGGAGCGGAACAUGGCCACCUCCCAACCCACGAAAGAGUACCCCUCCGGCGGUCGGAUCAUUCCUCGUGCAGUGCUCAAGUCUGCUUCGCGGCGGGCCGAGCUCGUCUCCGUCAUGCGACGUAUCGUCUCGUCAGGUGCCUUAACCUCCAGCACCGCCAUGCGCCCACUGAAACGUACCGACAACCCCACCGCCGUACACCCUGCGUGGCGCGACGCUGACGCCCUCGUCAUCAUGACUUGGCCAUGGCAAAACGCCGCAAAGGAUGAGAUGCAGGCCAAGGUUGAGCUGUUCCGCGAUAAGCUGGCCCCACUGCUGACGGAGGUUGCUCCUGAGGGCGGCUCCUACAGCAAUGAAGCUGAUGCGUAUAUGAGAGGCUGGAGGAGAGAGAUGUACGGCGAGAACUGGGAGAAACUGCUCGAAGUCAAGGAGAAGUGGGAUCCCGAGGGAGUCUUCUACUCGAGGCGGACGCCUGGGGCGGACAAGUGGCAUGUUGAUGAAAGCACGGGCAAGAUGUGUAGGGCGAAUGUGAUAUGUCCCCCUGAGAGACGGAGACAGGUGUUCAACAACAGAAGUUGGUAA